UGAAAACAAUACAUGUUAAAGGAAUCUAGGAGUUUUAGUUUAAAAAGCCUAUGUGAUUCUAGGUUGCAUCGAUACCAGAAUAAUGUCUAGAUCAAGAGAAGUAAAAGUCCCAAUCUAUUCUGUUUUAGUCAGACCUCACUGUGUCCAUUUCUGGGCACCAUAAUCCAAGAAGGAUAUUGUCAAGCUGGAAUGUGUUCAGAAAAGAGCGAUCAAAAUGAUCAAAGGUCUGGAAGCCCAUCCCUAUCAUGAGCAGCUUAGGGAGUUAGAUAUGGUUAGCUUGGAGAUAGUUUGGAGGGAACAUGAUAACCAUGUUCAAGUAUCUGAAAGGAUGUCAUAUUCAGGAGGUGACAGGUUUUCUUUUUCUCUAGAUACUAGGAAAUGGAACAAUGGAUUCAGACAGGAAAAGAAAUUCCACCUAAACGUUACGAAAUUCCUGAUGGUAAGAACUGUUUGGCAGUGGAAUAUGGAGUGUGAUAGCAUUUCCAUUUUGGAGGUUGGGUGGCCAUCUGUUGGAGAUGCUUUGAUUAUGUGUUCUUGCAUGGUGGGGGUUGGAUGGAUGACCCUUAUGAUCUCUUCCAACUCUGUGCUUCUAUUUGUAUAAAUACUUUUCAAAUUAGCUGGUGUAACAAGACUGGGAACAGAAAAGAUAAACUGGCAACUCUCCCCCACCCUCCCCAGUGUGACAGGAACUGGUGUUAUAUUGGUACCAUGUCAUAGAACCAACAGUUGAUACCUUAUAGGCAGAGGCCAGUCCACAAACCAUCACUUUCAGUAACUAGUUAGAUCAUUUCCUAAUCGAAUGCUGCUGAGGUAGGGUUGCUUGCCUAUCUUGAGUCACAAAGGCAUAAAAGUCCAGUCUGCAAAACACUGUCUUCUGUGCUGUGAGGGAAAGGGUGGUGAAAUGAUGAAACCCAGGAAAAGCAAAAUGCAAAGUAUCUUUCUGGAGCCAUUUUAGCUCAAGCCUAUAAUUGUCCUAUGGAAAACAGAUUGAAUUAAGCAAUGCAACACUGAGAAAGCUUGCAAGCCAAGCGACAUUUUAAAAAUUUAGAUUACUUCAUUGACAUAAGACUAGCUCUCUUUGAUGCAUUUUUGUCUACAUGUUUGGGGAUGGGGGCGGGGAAGGUAAAACCAAACAUGUUUAACAUUUAUGACUUCCAAAUAAACCAGUCCCAUAGGUUAUUCUGAUCAUUAUCUUUGAGCCAAGCCCAGAACUUCAGAAGUAUAAAAAGAGUAAUGUCUGAGAGACACAUAAAAAGGGUUCCACUCUCUGCCUGUUUGCCUAUCCAUCUCUUUGGGACAUCUCCAGGUUUUCAUCAGCAACCUUGGUUCUGCUUCUCCACAAGCCACCAUGAGCCAACCGUGCGUCAGCUCGGGAUCCUUGAGUGGAAAGCGGUGUGUCACAUCUGCUUCAACUAUCAGCCGUGGAUAUAGGGGGCCUAACAGUUUGUCUUCUAUCUGCUACACCGGAGCAGGCAGAAAUGGUGGCUACACCAACAUCAGCCAUUACAACAUUGGCCGUAGCAGGAGACUUUCAGGAGGAAGUUCUGGUGGAAAUGGAGGAAGUUCUGGUGUAUACAAUGCCAGCUUCAGGGAUUUUAGUAGCUUGGGCUAUAGUGCUGGGUCCUUUGGUUAUGGUGCUGGUGUUGCAAAGCCUGGGAGCUUUAGUAGUUACAGCUUAGGGGCUUAUAGCCCAGGUGAAGGAUUCAGCAGCCGCAGCCUUGAAGGCUAUGGCACUAGCUACAGUAGUGGCUACAGAGGCAACAGCUUUAGCAGCCGAAGCCUUGGUGCUGGCCACAGCAAAAACUAUGGAACAACAGGUUUCAGUAGUCGAAGUCUUGGUGGUGGUGUCUUUGGCAGCAGAGGUCUUAUUGCUGGUGGUCUUUUUUGUAGUAGUUUGGGCUCUGAUGCCAUUAGCCGCCAUGGUGAUGGAAGGGGGAUCCAUGCAGUGAGAGUCAAUGCAAAGCUGUUGAGGCCUCUUUGUAUCAAAGUAGAUCCAGAGAUCUCUCGUGUAAAAGAGGAAGAACGAGAACAAAUCAAAACCCUCAAUGACCAGUUUGCAUGCUUCAUUGAUAAGGUGAGACACUUAGAACAGCAGAAUAAACUUCUGGAAACCAAAUGGAGCUGUCUGCAGCAACAGGAACCCAUGGAGAAGCAAAAUACUGAACAUCUGUAUCAGAAUUAUAUUGUGACUCUGAAGAAGCAGCUGGACCUUUUGCUGGAUGAACGGGAGCAGCUUAAACUAGAACAAGUCAAAUUCCAGGAUGUGGUUGAAGAAUAUAAAUCCAGGUAUGAAGGCGUAAUCAAUCGACGUCUGGGUGCAGAAAACGAAUUCGUGGUGUUGAAGAAGGAUGUGGAUUGUGCCUAUACUAGCAAGGUGGAGCUGGAGGUGAAAGUGGAUUCCCUAAGACAGGAGCAAGACUUCCACAGAUGUGUCUAUGAUACAGAACUGGAAAGCUUAGCAACUGCGAGUGACACCAAUGUUGUUGUAUCUAUGGACAACAGUCGCGACUUGGACAUGGAAGGCAUCAUUGAAUCAGUGAGGUGCCAGUAUGAAGAGAUUGCCCAGAGGAGCAAGGAUGAGGUCAAUGCCCUGUAUGAAACCAAGUAUAAAGAGCUACAGACCACCUGGGGCCAUCAUUGCAACAGCCUGAGUAGCAGCCGCCAUGAAAUUCAGGAAUUGACCCGCCUGAUCCAGAGAUACAAGGCUGAUGUGGAAAAUGGUAAAAAACAGGUUGAGGCGCUGCAGGUUGCCGUUGCUGACCACGAGCAGCAGGGUGACUGCACCCUGAAGGAUGCCAAGGAAAAACUGGCAGAAGUUGAAAAGGCCUUGCAGUCAACCAAGGAUGAAUUGGCUCGUUUGCUGAGGGACUACCAAGAACUGCUGAAUGUCAAGGUUGCCUUGGAUAUUGAGAUUGCAAUGUACAAGUCACUUCUGGAAGGAGAAGAGAGCAGGAUAUGCAAUUCUACACCUGUGAACAUAUCUGUGACAGGUUUCUCCAACAUCUCUAUAGCUGGUGGAGGCCAUGGUGGUGGAGCUGGAUUUGGAAGGAGGUACAUUAGUGGUCCUGGUGGAAGAAGAAGACAUGUCAGCAGUAAUGCAAGAUUCACCUCAAGAAGUGGUCAUCCUACCCCCAAAACUGGAUUCAGCUCCAGGAGUGGAGGGAAUCUGCCCCGAUGCACAAUGAGCUCUGGCUUUGGUGAAUGCACUGCCAGCCCCGUGGUGCCAAGUGGGGAGCCAAGGGAUUUUGCCCCAUUGAAAUUAGGAAGCACUGCAAGUGGAGUCUCUAGUUCUAGGAGCAGACGGUCUCGCAACAGGAGUGGGAGUUGCAGCUCUGGCAGGGUACGCAUGUCACCAAAUGGUGGGGUUUCUAGCAUAGGGAACGUUACUGUAAGUAGCAGCUACACCACUCAUGGCACAACUACUAAUACAGGAGAGGAAUACAGCUCUCGGUACUAGAGCAAUGUCUAAAUGGCUUCUCAAAAUGCCCCACUUUGUUUUUGGGGAAAAUUUUCAGUAAAUUUCUUCAGGGCUAAAAGAAAUUUUCUAGUUUGAUAUCUUUUCCCUAUCCCACUUCCUCUCUUUUUUGCUGCUAGUGAAGAGACAAAAGGAAAAAAGAAAAGAAAUAAUAUUAAUAAUAUUGUUGUUCUCCACUGUGUCUUGGGUCUUUCGUCAUUCCAUGGCAAUCUGGAUGGUCAGGGGUGGGGUCAUGGCAGCUUACCAUACAAAGUAUGAUUUCAAAUAGUUGGGGGGGGGGAUUUGCAAUUUGCUCCUUUUUUUCUAGAAUGGGAUGGGUAUGAAUAGAGGGCCUAUCAGUUCCUCUCAUUGAUAUUCACUGUUACCCAGAUUUAUAUCAUUGUCACUCACCCCUUAUUUCCAAACUGCUGAUCCUUCUCCAAAUAAAUUGUAAGCUUAAAAUGAAGAAAUGCCCCCCUGCCCGGCAUCCAGGGACUCAGUUCUCCAUUAUGGGGAUCUUUUUCACUAAGAUAGGGAUGCCUAGGAGAGACAAAUGGACAAUUCCCACCUCUAUUCUAGGAGUGUGAGGGGGGAAAAUCUACAAAAAUGUCAAGGUGAAAAAGGUUCCUGAGAAAAUUUUAACUAUUAACUUUUGUAAGUCAGCUUGAGACCUAAGGUGCUAUGUGUAUGUGUAAUACACACACACACCCCACCUUGGGACUCAACAUGUCUUACAAGGUGUCCUAUAACACAACAGUUCACCUUAAAGUAUAGAUGCCACUGCUCUACCAUUACAAAAGUUCAAGGUUUGCUUGUUUGAGAAGGUGUGUAUUUCAUCUACUUGUUCCCAGAAAUAAGGCAAUUUAUGCCUCAAGCUGACUGGUAUAAUAUGUUAACAAUAAACACAGUCUCAAUCCAGGGGUUUCCUCAGUCAUAUAACUCCAGUUCCAUAGUUAGACUUGAACAUGAUGUGCUCCCUGCCUGCAUUUUGUUGGUAGUGCUACAGUUGCUGGUUUCAUUGCCAGUCCUUCUCCUAAUGUGUGCCAGCAAAGGAAAGGUCAGCCAAGAAGUUUAUUCCAAGCAGCAGUAGCUAGUAGCUUCCAUGUCAGUGUGACAGUACUGUAUAUCUAUUUUAGGUUUAGUCAGAGCUUUGAAAGGUGCUGGACGGCAUUCACAAUCUUGGAUGGCUUCACUGAAGUUCGGACUAAACCCAGAGCAGAUUCACUGCCUCACUUGCAUGGAAGCCAUAAGCCUGGUUCCAGUUUUCUCUCAUGCCACAAGUCUGGAACACUCCAAGUAGGCUUAAGGCACUGGAGAGUUUUCAUUCUUUAAACAGACAUACACACACAUGCAUGCACAUACUAUAUUUUGGUCCAGAACACUUGUUGGAUAAACAUGUGAGUUGACCUACAAAUUCUGAUCGUUGCCAUCAAGAUAUGAGAGCUGCCAAGGAUGGCAUCACCAUUCAGCUGGAUGAUGGUGUGGGAAAACAUCCCAAGGAAAUGCCAUUUUGGACAACAUCUCCAUUUGAUCAUAUGUUCAUGUGCAGUUAUUAUUCCAUUGCUGCUUAUCAAAUGUGUCUCUCUUUCCACUCCAUCUUACAAUGAGACAACAGCUGGAAACUGGUUGGAAAGUUAUGAAUGUGUAAUUUAGAGCUGCAUACUCAAAAAUCUUGUAUUCAUGAUCCUUACAUAGUGCUUGGGUUAGGGGAUUCAUAGGGAUAGAAUGUGUGAUCUGGCAUGAAAGGCUAUCACAACAGGGUUUCUGCCUCUGCCUGUCUCACUAGAGAUAGGAAGAGGCAUGACUGUCAGCUGCUUCCUGAAUGACAGGGGAACAGACCCUCGUUGAUCACAGCAGCAGCUGCCCAGUAACAGAAGUGAAGAUCAAGUGGAUUGGGAUUCAUUAUGUAGCACCAUAACAGAAAGCUUUUUUUCUGUUGCUAAAUUAACCAGUUAGCAAGGUUAAGAUAAGAACCCACAUCUGUUUGUUUUGAACCUGUGGGAAUAUAGAUAGAAGUGUGGUAGUUUUGUAGUAGACAUUCAGAAAAUAAAACUAUAAAAAUC